GUGUCUAAAGUCGUUAUGUCGAACGCGCGGAAGAAGAUAAGUCGGCGACAGUUGUUGUGCAAGAUAUCAGAAGCGAGCUUCGUGACAAGCUUGGAAGAGGCGCCGUGUCGCAUCGACCAAUGCACACAGACCCCACCUAGCGGGAAGGCGAGGCCCCGCACCCUGCAAAGGUACCACACCUCAGACCAUCUCUACGAGAGGGCCCAUCGGACGAGACACAAGCACGAGAUCAGACCUAAGAGCUUGUUCAGCGACUCCUGCCCGUUCAUAGGGAAGCCGCCGAGCUAUGAUAGUGGAUAUAGUUCAAAAUUCAAAGUGACGGUGACCGACAGCCCAACGAUAUCGAUAACGCCGCCCCACAGCCUGGACUACGUGUGCGCUAAAGGAGGAGCGAGCCCCAACGGAAGCGCGACGCCGAACGGCAUGGUGCCAAGCCGGUCGCCCGCGACAGUGCUGCUCAAUCCGGGGUAUCUGUCGCCUUGCCAGUGCAACCAGUCUAUGAAGAGCGUAAGCGAAGUCGCCCUCGCCAUGCCGGGAUCUCCCGGCUGGACCGGCGAGGAGCCCGCGAACGGCUGGCCCGGCGGGCUGUCUUGGCGGCGACUGCACAUGUCCCGGGCCAAGCUGAAAGCGACCGCCACCACCUCGGAGCUGCUAUCAGGCUUCGCAAUGGUAGCGAUGGUGGAGCUCCAGAUCAACGAGCCCACCAACGUCCCAGAAUGGCUGUUCGUCAUGUUCGCAGUCUGCACGACGGUGCUCGUCGCCGUCCACAUUUUCGCCCUGAUGAUAUCCACAUACUUGCUCCCCCACAUCGACGCUGUGAGCAAGAUGGAGAUGCCGGGAGCCCCGGCGAGAGCUUUGAGGGAAUCGCCGCAUGAACGAAUGAGAGGGUUCAUUGAGCUCGCUUGGGCGUUUAGUACAGUAUUAGGUCUAUUCCUGUUCCUCGUGGAGAUUGCAAUAUUAUGUUGGGUGAAGUUCUGGGACUACUCCUUCGCUGCGGCUACAGCAGCUACUGUGAUAGUGAUACCAGUGCUAAUAGUGUUCGUGGCGUUCGCUAUCCACUUCUACCACUCACUAGUGGUGCAGAAAUGCGAGUCAUCAGUGCAAGAUAUCGAACAGCUGGAGACCAUGAAGAGGGAACUGGACACGGCCACUGUGAAAGUCAACAUGUUCUAGAGUGGCCUUUCAAUA